GCGCUGUCGGUCUGCGACACUCUCAUACCACAUACGCCACCACACACCAAUGGCUUACCAUGUCGCGAAUCUCCCCCUCCCUGCUCCUCUUCCCGCGCUUUUCCCUCAUUCUUCUCAUUCCACUUUUUCCUCUCCAUCGUCGCUCCGCGAUCUCGCGGCUCGCGCCGUAGCGUCGAGCAUCUCCGCACUUCCCGCUAAUCUCCGCGUCCUACCGCCGGAGCUAGCGCAUCUCGUGUUCUCCUUCCUCCCGCUUCCCCUCGAGUUCCCCGCGCUCGACGCCUUCGCUCGCACCGGUUUCUGGCAGCCAGAAUCCCUCAGCCUCGCGAGCUUACAUCUACCGCAAUACCCUGCGAGUUUCCCGGCGCGAUUUCCGCUGGAGAGGCUCGCUGCGUUCGCGUCGUCGCUGCGUCGCGUGAAUCUGAGCGGCUGUCGCUGGCUCAGGGACCUCGAACCGCUCAGCGUUCUGCCUCGCCUCUCCUGCCUCGGGAUUGCCGGCUGCACGUCUCUCCACCAAUCAGCUCUCAGCAUGCUCUGCUAUCUCCCAUCCCUCACAUGCCUUGACCUCUCUCGCAAUCCUCAAGUCAACGACGGCACAGCCACUGCUGUCAUUCCCUGGAUCCCCUCUCUCCGCCAUCUCGACCUGAGCCACACUGCAGUCACCAGCGCUUUCCUUGACUCCCUCACCUACGGUGCGCGGCUGAAGGGGUGGAGGAAUGAUGCCGAGAAAUCUUCCAGGAAGGCAGAAGCACGCAAGGCAGCGAAGCGGCCAUGGUGGGGGGCAGUUACGGACACUUAUCAGUCUGAGGAUGCACCUGCUACAGGCUGCUUGACCAAGCGGCCUCGUCCGAACCACGAGCAGCACCAACAGCUGCAGUUGCCACAAGAGCGGCAGCCGAUGUCACAAGAGCACCAGCAGCAGCAGCAACAACAGAAUUUGGAAGGGCAGCAGGUUGAAGAACAGUCGGAGUGGCCAGAGUGUCAUCUGAUUCACUUGAGGCUCCAAGGGACUGCAGUGGACAGGGCUGGAGCCAGUCACCUGCUAGGCCUGAGUGCUACAGCACCCCGGGGCGGCAUUUUCUGUCUCGACUUGAGAGACACCUCGGUGAAAGGCGAUGUGCUGACCAAGCUGAGAUCCACGUUCCACCUGCUCUCUCCACCCAACCAGCCUCGGCUACUCUGCCGAACCAAUGCUCUUGCUCUCAACAUCCUCCGAACCUACCCAGGCCCGGCGCCUGAGUCUAGUCACCGAACCAGCAGCUUCGAUGACCGUCCCUUGUCAGGUGGUUGGGAUACAAACGAAAGAGGGGGGGAGAGGGGCAGAGGGGGGGGAAGAAGUGCAAGAGGGGGAGGACGAGUGGAAAGUUGGGGAAGCGGCAGUGAAGGAGGAGGAGAGGGGGCAUCAGCAUCAGCAGCACCAGCGGCAGCACCAGCAGCAGCAGCAGCAUCACCAAGAGAGGUGCAUGAGUGGAUGUGUGGGUGUCAGCUGACGGGAGCAAACACUCCUGCUGGAAAGCAGACCGGCACCUGCAGCAGCAAGAGUGGCAGCAACAGUAGCGGCAGUAUUUGUAGAAGUGGUAGUAGGAGCAAAGGUAGUGUUUUAGUAGGACGCCCUAUGGAGAGGUCCAACGUGGCGGCUCCUGGUUGGCAGGAGAGCUGGAUGCAUGACGGAGUGAUGAGCUUCCUCUGUGCUCCUCCUUCUCCUCCGCCUCCUCUUCGUGCUCCUCCUCUUGCUCCACUUCCCCCUCCUCUGGCUUCGCGCACUCCACCUUCUCUUCUUCAUCCUGCUCCUUGGUAUUAUCCGCACCCUUCCCUUCCGCCAUUCCACUAACCUCCCCGCCUGCCUAGGUCAAGCAUGCAUGAAUUGCUGAAUUGCCGCAGAAAAGAUACACCAGUAGUACAUGAAAUGUCAGCAUAUCGGUAUACAUAUAUGUAAAUAUGUAAGUAACGAU